GACACCGCUGUCCGUCUAUAGUUUCUGGCCUGCGAUUGGCUGAGAGUUUCAGAGGGCGGCGUCUUGCGCGUGCGGUCAGUCAAGAGCGCAGGGCGGAUCAACGCGAGGCCGAGACACCGACACACGCGCGAGAAACUCUUGGAAAUCAACGCAAACGAGUCAUGGCGGAUCUGAGCUUGACCGACGCUCUGACCGACAGCAUUCCUCAUCCUGACCUGGAGAACACGGUGAAGAUGGAUUUCAUGACCUCGCUGGAGGCCGAGAGCUUCACUGAUCAGGUCGGAGAGACUGUUGACAAGACCAACUUCAUCCCGCUGCUGGACAACGAUGGGAAGGAUCCAGGUACAGUAGUCAAGAAUGGAAAGCAGGAAGUCCAAGGGGCUCAAAACCCUGGUUUCUCUCAGCCUAGUGUAAUGUCGGCGGUGAUCACAGGUGACGCUCCUUUCCAGACAGAAAGACCGUCUGGUGUGGCUGAAGUACAGGAGCCGCCAGCUUCUCAAGCCACCGAAGCCCCCAAAAUACCAUCUGAACCCCAAAUAGCCACGACACCCAAGAGCCCACAGGACACAUCCGCAGGUGUCUUUGGUGACCGCUGGUCCGAUGAGGCCGGCAUUUCAUCUGACCUGCCCUUAACGCCCAGCGUUUCCACUGUUAUCAGUCGCCAUGCUGGUCCUCUGGUAGAAAGCCCACAUGACACGGCUAACCCUCAGUGGCCACCGAAAGAUAACGGGGCGGGAGAUGCAGAGGAAAGAGAAAGAGAAGGAUUUGACCAUAAGAAGGAAAAGAAGAAGAAGAAACGGAGACCCAGGGACGAAGUGUACGACCACACGGAAACGCAGAGCGAAAGUUUUAUAUCCGACAGCCACGAUCAGCCGUCCCCGUGUAAAGAACGGGACCGAGAUGGAGGUUGGGAAGACGGAAGCCACUUUGGUGGGAGAGUCAAGAAGCCGAAAAGCCGUAGGAAGAUUCCUGAGGAAUGGGCGAUCCAUGCAGAGCCCUUUGUCCCUGCUUCAGCCUGCGUGCCGCAGGAGCUCGCAACUGAUAUUUCCCAUUCACUUUCUGAGGACUACACCGAUGGGAGUCUCAUUCCUCUGUCUCUUACCCAAGAUCUUCUAUCCCUCACGGCCACUUCCCCAACAUCCACAGCAAUUCUUGAACCUGCAGUGCCCUCUCCAAAGUAUCCCGGUCAAGCCCCCGAUAAAUCCCACCAGCAUCCCUUGUCUACGUCAUCCGGAUUCAACGAAAUCAUGGAAACAGAAGAUCCUAUUUCUGGCAAUGUUAGUGACACUCAGCCUUUCAUCUCUCCAGGUGGAACCUUGGAGGAAGCCAUAAUUGGACAAGAUCAGACCUACACCGCUUCCGUGGGCACCCAAAAGUCGCCAUUAAAGGAACCCCAGACGUCCACCCCUGGAAGCACUUGUUUUGUACCACAGAUGGAAGCACUGAUCACAGCACCCCCGUUUUCUCCUUCUGUACCCGCAUGGUCUCUUAAUAACUACAAUCAACCCUUUGCUCCUGAAGGUGUUGCCAUUGAGACCUCAGCCCAAGUUUCUGCACCUUCGCCAAAGAGCAAAGUCCCAAAGGAACCAAAGUCCAAACAAGGCAAGAAGUCGUCUGCAUCAUCCUCAUCAAAGAGUCCAACCUCCCCUCAAGCAAAGUUGCCGUCUCCCCAGAAUUCUGGUCUAAAUCCGGCUGCUCCGCCCUUCUUCCCUACUUUUGCAGAACCUCGGGAUCUCACCGAAGAAACGCCCUCCGCAUUGGAAGAAAACUCUGAGAAGAGCAAGCCGCAGACGAACAAAAUAGACACUGUGCAGAAGAUUGAUGACCCUAAUGUUUUCAUCAAGACGGACAAAGAUCAGAAGAUGGAAACGGUGGAGGAGAAACACAAAACUAACCACACAGACGAACAGACAACCAAAGGAGAAAACACCGAAGCUCUGGACAAAAACAAAGAUGUGGGUAAAUCGGAGGAAACGGACAAGGAUGAAGCAGAACACGAAGUGGAAACGCCAGUAAAAAGUGAGAAGAUUGAACACAAAACGACUAAAGAUGAGACUGAAGAAGAGAUUGAGUCCUCCCCAAAGAUGAUGGAAGAAGUGAAAGUCGAGGAGAGCAAGUCAGAUCAGAAAGCGGAGAAAGAUAAAGAAGAACAGGUGAAGGAAGUGGAGAAGGAGAAAGCAGAACAGAAGACCGAACAACACCAAACAGAAAAGGAGAAAGCAGAACAGAAAACAGAAAAGAUUGAGCCGACUGAUAAGAAACCCGCCAAAGCUGAGAAGGACGAGAAAAUCCCAAAAACAGCUGCUAAACCCAAACCUGCGGUGACCAACGGUGCUCCUGGAAAACCCCUGACUAGUCCUGAGAAGAAGACCAAGCCUGUCGCCGGUGCAACCAAACCUAGCUCUGCCAAGCCCCGGCUAAGCUCCGCCUCCAGUGCUACAGCCCCGCCCAAGCGUCCCGCCCCCACCUCAGCACCCCUCAGCAAAAAAGCCCCAGUGCCCAAAGCACCUGCCCCAGCUGCUGGCACCAAACGACCCCCCACAGCCUCCACACGACCCCCCACAGCGUCCAGCACAGUGACCAGAGAGGUCAAGCCCAAGACGGCUGUCCCAAAGACCUCUGUCGCUCCGGCUCGACCCCCUGCAGACAAACCUGUGACCGCAGCACGCACCUCGACAAUAACAUCACGCAGCACAGCCAGCGCAGCGGCAGCACGACGCCCCGUCACAAAGACUGAGAGCAAACCAGGAGACGAAAAGAAACCAAGCACACCGAAAACCACAGAUGUGUCCCGCUCUAAACCUGCGCCUCUCAAAGCCUCCACCACAACUACAAGCAGCGCUCGCCCUCGCAGCACCAAGACCCCCGUCUCCAGCAGCUCUCCAUCAGCAGCAGCAGCACCUCGACCCACCUCCGCCUCCGCCUCCAGCACCACGACACGCACCACACCACGGCCCAGCUCCGCCUCCACCUCCACCCCGGCACACAACACCAAAAACAUCCGCUCCAAAAUCGGCUCCACAGACAACAUCAAAUACCAGCCUGGAGGAGGAAAGGUCACGGUGUCUCAGAGCAGGACAGACGCUCAGAGCUCGCCCUCCAAAGAGACCAGCCAGGCCAAAGUCCAGAUUCUUAACAGGAAGGUUGACUUGAGUAAAGUGACCUCAAAGUGUGGAUCCAAAGCCAACAUCAAAUAUAAACCAGGUGGAGGUGACGUCAAGAUCGAGAGCCGUAAGGUCAACUUUAAGGAUAAAGCUCAGUCCAAGGUGAGCUCGAUGGAUAAUGUCAAUCACGAGCCCGGAGGCGGGAAAGUUAAGGCUGAGGGGGUGCAGGAGACUGCUGAGGGCAGCGGGGCUCCCUCUAGUGGUGUCUCAGCAGCCCCUGCCCAGGAGAAUGGGCUGAAGGAGGGCGCCCCCUGCAGGAGUGAGGAGCUCCGGGACCCACAGGGUCUGGACUCACUCAUCCCUGAAACAAAUUGAGUGUUUCAAGCUAAACUUCCGCGAGAACGCCCGCUCUCGCACGGACCACGGCGCUGACAUCAUCACCUGCCCCAUCUCGGGCGACGGCCCUGUCCCCCCCCACCUGCUCCGCAGCAGCGUCUCGCUCAACGACUCGCUCUCGACCGCCGGCAUCCCUCGCUCUCUCACCACCCCGGCCCUCUCCUCCUCACAGGAACCAGGCUCGCUCACCGCACUCUGGAUAUGAUUGCUGUCUUUUCAUUGGUUCGCUGCUCUCUAAACCCCGCCUCCUACCAUUGCUAAGACUCAUGUGAUUGCUGUGCUCUCUGUUGACGUUCUUGAUUCCUGAUUGGUGAGGCUGUCCAGAUUACAGUCAUCAGGAUGCGCAAAAAAGUGUUGCAAUAUGUGUUGCAACUCCUUCUGGACCGGUAUUCAUUAUCAAACCUGCCCAUGCCCUUCUGAUCACAACAUCUGGAUCCAUCUGGACAUCAUCUCUAGCUGCCUUCAAGUCCUCAUUGGAAGUUCGUACUUACGAGUUACUUACGAUGCGAUCAUGUCGUGGUUUAAGAUGAAAAAAUCACUUUCUGAGCUUCUUUUAGUGCCAAAGCAACAAAAUGAAGAUCAAAUGAUGUGCAUUAGAUGUGCAUUGUAGUGAAUAGAGAAUGUAGUUUGUUUGUGUGGAGAUUUAAUUCACGUUCAGAGCAUGCAAAAUGUCUACAGACACUGCAAAAAAAUUGAUGUUCAAACAGUUUUCGCUCCUUAAUUUCAUAAAUAGUUACAAAGAAACCGCAAGGAACACGUUGAAUUAAACAUGCAAUCGUAAAGUAGAAGAAUUUAAGUGUUUUCGUGUAAAACAUACUUUAUUUACUACUUCAAAAAGAAAAAAAAAUUGUCCAAUAGUGUUUUUUUUUAUAUAUAAAUGAUUUAAUAUAUUCAAAAAGCAAAAAUAUGCAAUCUGCAAAAAUUUACUGUAAUCCUACAGAUGUAAAGUUUGCUGUUUUUGUUUGUUUAAUUCAGCUAAGAGCUCACUUCAUGAUAUAUCUUCACGUCUUACACUUGCAUGACCCUGCUCCAACUUGGAAAGUCUCCCGACAUGGGACGUCAGUUUUGGGUGGCGCUCGUCUCGUAAGCACGAUCAUUUCUGCUUGAUUUGAAGGCAGCAUCAUUCAGUCAUGUGACCCUCUCUCACCUUCACCCUUGACCUCCAGUAGAGCUGUCACCGAAGCACAUAGGCUUUCUCAAUCUCUUUUGUGAUGGUGUUUUUGAGUGAAUACUGUAGCAAUGACGCUUUCUUUUGACUCUUCGUUUAUUUUUUCGUGACCAGCAGAUGUUUCUUUUCCUUGGUAUUGUAAAGCAAUAUAAAACGGUCUCCUAUAAUGCCUAUAAGACGUGAAACUCCAUGUAAACGCACAGUAAACAGCGCUCAUAGUGUCAAACGAAGAUCUUGACGGCUUCAGGAACGUGAAGAGGGUCUGAGGAGGACGUGUGACGAAAAAUACCCUUGUGGAAAAGAAGAAAAUAUAAUAUUAAUGAAAUAAAAGCCCACUUAAGUGUACUUGGAGUACACUUUCAUGACUGUUUCUUAACACACUUAAGUACUCUUUACAAUCUCAUCAAAUUCAAAGUUUUACAUUUUAAAUCAUUAUUUUAAUUUUUGAAGAAACACGCUUAUUUUGACGUGUUAAGCACAUGUGAAAUACUUGAUUAUAAUCUAACUGUAGUGCUAAACGAUAUUACAUUUAAAGUUAUUUUAAUUAACUGCAACUUCAUUCAUCAUAACAAAUGUAGAAUUAAAAAUAUACUUAAUUAAAUGACUUACAAGUUUAGUUUACCAGGCAUGCUUCUUGAUACACUUUAACCAUGUUUCAAAGACACUAGAAGUAUCGCGUAUAAAGAUGUACUACUUAAGUGGGUCAAAAACACUAAAGUUCAGAUAAUUGCAUUUAAUACCAAUCUGAACCAUUAUAGACUUCCGUUUCAAUUAACACGCAAUGUAAAUGUCUAAAAACAUUGCAUUCAGUUCACACUUACAGUAAGGAUGCAUUGCUGUAAUAAGUUUGCUUAAGUGUACUUCUUUUUCACAAAGGCAAGGGAAAUGUGGAGACACGUAGUGGAUGUUGGUUUUGAUGGCAGUGAAUGGUAUAUAUUUAUGCAUCAUGUCCAGUAGGUCCAGUAUGUUUUAUAUGGAGGUGAGGGUCAAGUUUGUGCCUGAUAGCAAUCGCAUCCUGCCUUUGGAGGGACGCAGAGACAGUCUGUCAAAGCUUGAAACCUUUUAUCUACUUUUAAUAGUUGCUUUAUGAGUGAGUCUGGUGGUGGUUUACUACUUGCAUUCAUUUCUGCAGGUCUUCUUUUAAGAGUAAAAGCUUCGCAUUAUAGUGUGAGUCGACAGGUUGCUGUUGGGUUUUAAUAAUGGUGGAGCUUGUAGCUUAUUUCUCUUGUAGCAUUUUACUGUAGUUUAUCUUCAGACGGCCUUUUUGAGCUCGCUUAACAUGCAUCUGCUUGGUUUAGUGUCCUUUUGGUGGUAAAAGGACGUUUCCUUUUUAUAAGUAUGAGAAAAUUAUUGUUGCAUAUCUUGUCAGACCUCUUCAAUCCCAGACAAUGCAAAGCAAUAAGACUGACAGACCCCAGAUUUUGACUUUUAGAAACCUACAUCGUGCAUGACUGUGUAAAGCAUUCGGAUCAUGAAAUAUUAUGCGAUUGAUCGAAAAAUUGAUGAAUGCAUGGCUAUGUUAGAAAAUCCAGUUUCUGAGAGGUAGCCUCAUUGUAGGACAGUGUAACUUCAUCAUGUAUUCUCGUUUAUAACGAUUAAAUAAUCCAUCUCUAUGAAUUGGGAAAAAAUGUCAAAUUGAUGGUUUUGGACCGUAACGUUUUUUUUGUAGAUGUAAAUAUUAGGCGGAAGUCGGUUCCCUGUGCCUGAAUAUACCCCGAGACCAAUCCUUCUAUCAUUUAUAGCCUCUUUACAUGCAUUUAAAGUUGAUUUCCCUAUGGUCAAACUAAAAAAAGAGUGGUCGAAAGAGCUGAGGGCUGAUAUUAUGCAUCUUUAAAUGUUUAAUUGUCAUUUUGGCCAUGCAGAUUUUCCAAUGAGAAAGGCUGAGAACAAAUGUAUUUCAACUAUAUUAAAGCACAUGUAUUUGCCCGCCGUGUGUUUAAUGUUUAGUGCGCUUAUGCCAUGAUGAUGCCAGGUGGGUCACGUCGAUAUUUAGCCUCUUAACGUCUUCUGAUAACUUUUAAUAACCCUUUAUGUUUCUAUGAAUCUUGAUCUUACAAGGAAAAGAUACUCUGAAUAACACUGUCGAACUAAAACGGGAGGAUUGCGUUGAAUGUGUUUCAGUUGCACAGAUUUUAUUGUGCCACAAAGGACCAGAGCAUCCUGUUGAAGCAGGGAGAGGAGAGGUCCAAUUGUUGUUGUUGUUAUUUUUACGGUUAUGAUUUUGUUUUGUUUUUCUAAUUUGGGAGUAAUCUGGGAGAGGACUUAAUUGUGCCCUGGAACAUAAUUACACUUAUGAAGAUGUACAACUCUAAAGUAAGAUGGAAACUGAAGAAACGAGAUUAAUGUGCAGUAGAUUUGGUUUCUUCAGAUGCAAGAAGCUCUAAGCUAAUAUGAAUAGAAAAUUCAGGCUUUUUUGCCAGACUUAUCAUUUUUGCAAGGUUUUCGUUGGUUUGUUUUCCUUUAUUUGGAGUUUUAUUUUAAUGAAAUUUAAUUUCAAUGAAUGAGGUGUUUAUUGUGGUUAAUUGUUAACUAUGAUGUGAUUAUGAAACAUUAAAAUAAAGUGUUUAAAACAUUA